UUGUUUCUCCAGGUGCAAAUUCUCAGUGCCGCGAAAGAUACUGCUGUGGCUCUCAGAAACACUCUUCUCACAGCUGCUCAAGUUCAAAGCAAAUCAAAGAAAGAUCCGGUCUUCAAGGAGGUUAAAACUUACGAGAAUGAGGUUGGAACAUGCUCAAAUCGUCUCUUGAAGGCAGUAGAUGCAAUAGAUAUGGAAGCGAAUCGUGGAACGAAGGCUUUAAUCUCAACAGCUCAUCUUUGUCGUCAGCUGGCUAAUCGAAUGCCGAAUAGUGCUCCAAGUUUUAAUGAUCUAGGAAGUGCGACAACGCUAAUGUCUACUACUUCUAGUCUCGUCUCCAGGUACUUGACGCCUGAUGAGUUAGCGCGUGCAACUGAAGGCCCUCUACGAGCAAUUGUUGACAAGGCUGUGACAGCUGCUUCCACACGAAGACAAGAUGACGCUCUUGUCUGCGCAAAUACUGCCCGUCAUGCUAUGCUUGACUUAGUCAACACGUGCAAAAACCUUCAAAAGCAGCAAGAGAUCAAAGAGGAAUUCCGAAAGCAAAGUGGAGACAUAGUGAAGAAGAUCGUUCUAGAAACUUCGGAGCUUAUGGAUUCUGUCAAAGGGGCUAUUGCUGGUGAAAAUGCAAAAGACUCUUCUCGGGUAUCAAAUUCAGCGGCUAAGAUCGGCGCGCUAUCAAGUCAAUUAAUGCGACUAAUUGAUAAGAUGCGAGAUAGCCCUCGGUUAGUCAUGUACUUCCGCGUCAAUAGUCCCGAAUGGCGGGAUGUGGCUGAAAAGUACUUGGGUCGACAUAUUGCUUUCCAUAAUCACUACGAGUCAUGCACAGAACAAAAUGGAUUUGGCAAAUCUGUUAGCAUUCGUUCUAGCUGCCUUCAAACUCAAUUAGACUCGAAGGGUUUUCUUAUGAGCGGUGCAGAAGCUGCCAUUGAAGCAAUUCAACGGAUCGAUAUCGCUCUGAGUCUGCUGGAAUCGGAUCUCAACAAGGGCAAGCAAGAACCGUUCAAUCAAGAUAUCGCGGUUCAUACGCAACCUAUAUUGAACAUGGCUCGAUCAACUACAUUAGCUGCACGAGAAUUUGUUCAUAGAGUCCAAUUAGCACUAGCUUCUCGAGAGUCGACUAAUCUCGGCCGAUUAAAUCUCUCUGUCGCGUUGGCAAUAGAACAACUAUCCGAUUUAUCGCGUCUUUGCGCUGAGACCCGAUCUGAAGGUCCCUACACGGCCCCUGUGGAUGAUCCAACCCGUGUCAUGCCUUCCAGACACCGACUUCUCAAUGCUGUUCGGCAGGUGGCAUCAGCUAGUGGAGAAAUUCUUUGUGCUGUGCAAUCUAAUCCUCAAAUCUCCGCAACUAACUUGGCAUCUGUACAGGCAAGUCCAUACAAUAUGCCUAAUUCAAUGCAUUAUGACCACUCUGCCGCUGUACGUGCUAUUAAGGAGCAAACCGAUCGAAUGUCACACUUGAUUCGAAACAAGGAUCCGAUCUUCAGUCAUCUACCUGACGAGGUUGGCUUUGAAGGCAGUGCUUCUUCAACUCAAGCUCCAAUGGUUUCAUCUCAAAUUGAAGGCGAGCCGUCUCGCGCACAAAUUAAAACUGAACAAGUAGUACUGGAUGGCCUUCAAAACGAAGUUGAGAGGUUAAAUCGAACGAUUGUGGUCGGGGAGGAAGGCCGAAGCUGA